UUUGCAUUCCGAAUAAAAGCCUCAGUGUGAUUUAGUGUGACAGACUUACAGUGUAACACUCUUUCAUUGAGAAAACCCCAUUUGAGUGUGUGUAGCUACAGUCUAUUUUAGACAACGAACCAUUUGUUUUUUUCUACAGAGAUUCUACCUACAAAAUAGAGUAAAAUGCAGUUAUAUAUACUAACAUCGUCCUUUAAAAAAGAAAGAACAUAACGCGCACCUCACUUAAGUUUCCAUUUCCACUCAAAGCAGAACAGAUUACAUUGCUAACUCACGAAAUAUUUAUUAUACACACGCUGUCGCUUAUUUAGGAUGAUAAUUAUAUUAUUUAAUAGGUUUCGCGUUGUGUUUAGUUUUUUAGAAGUUUCUGUACAGAUCCCAGGCAGCAGCCUCGUUGCUUUCUCUCAGAACUGGAGCUCCACUCAGAGCUCAGCAGAAGACCUCAUGACCCACCAACAACACGCCAGGCUGCAGGCAAGCUUCUCCGAUCACAAUAACACACGGGCUCAGCAGGCAUGGAGCCUCUCAGCCUGCAGGUGCUGGUGGUUGUGACCGGGAGCUUCCUGGGCUUCCAGUGGCUGUUCCACAGAGGCAGCCCUUGGUUGUCCGAGAAGCUCUGCAAAGGCUUCCUCAGGCUCAAACCUUCACAAAGGACAGAGUGGAACUCCAGGGCCGUCUCAACAGUACACGCCUUCGUUGUGGGACUUUUCUGUCUCUACAUACAUAUCUUUGAUGAACCUAUCCAGAAAGACCCAGUCUGGGGAGAUGCCACACUGGUGAAGCUAAAUGUGGCCAUAACCUCAGGCUAUCUUAUAUCAGAUCUUCUGCUUAUGUUUACUUCAUGGGAGUCAAUUGGAGAGAAAUAUUUUGUCAUACAUCAUUUUGCCGCUCUCUAUGCAUACUACUAUGUGCUGAGUCAAGGAAUAUUGCCUUACUUUGCUAAUUUCCGCCUACUUUCAGAAUUCUCCACUCCCUUUGUAAACCAGCGUUCAUUUUUUCACAUGUUGGGCUACCACAAACUUUCCAAACCGAGUCUGGCUAAUGGUGUCGCUAUGACUUUUACAUUCUUCUUGGUGAGGAUCGCAGUCAUUCCAGGCUACUACAGCCAUAUGUACUUGGUCUUUGGUACGGAUGACUUCUACCGGUUACCUUUGGGGGGCCGCAGUGCCUGGGUUAUUUCCAGUGUGUCUUUGGAUGUCAUGAACAUUAUGUGGAUGCGCAGAAUCAUCCGCGGAUGUCUCAAAGUCCUUCGCUCGGCCUGGUCGAGGAGAGCAGGAACUGAGAUGGAAACUAGAAAGACAGACUGACAUGGAGAUACAGACAGAAAAUGAACACAUCGGAACACAAACCUUCCAUCUCGUUUCAUGUCCAACCUGAUGCUGAAGUGUAAAUGCCAUUUGUGCUUUGUUCUUCCUAGUGCUGUAAUGCUGUGGCAUCAUAAUUGUGAGUUUUAAACUGAAAUCAAGCGCUUGGAAAAUCAUUUAUAGUAUUAAUAAUGACUUACAUGAUGUCUUCUUAAAGGAUGGGAUCAACAGGAGGAAUUCAAUCACAGGCGCACCUUUAAGUUUUAAGAAAUCAGGUGAUGAUGAGACCGAUCACAUGUACAAUCGGAACAACCGUUGUGUUUGCACUAUUUAUUAUGAAGCUGCUUUUAAGAUCUACCAACUUGCCUUUAUGAAUGUAAUUAACAGAGCAACAGCACAUCUGAACUUCCGCAACGAUACACAGUGUGUGCCUGUAGACCAUGAUAAACUAAUUUUUGACAGAGGAAAUUUAAUGGCCAUUAUUAAUGUAGUGGAAAUUUAGGUAAAAUGAAUGGGUUAAAGAUCCUGCCUUUUGCAGCUCAGCACUGCAGGAUAUUAUACUCAACAAACAAUGCAUGUCUACAUCUAACUAUUGCAUAUAUUAUGGAGGAUAGGAAAUCUAGAAUGGGAAAAUGUAUCAGGUGACAAUGUUAUGUGUGUUUCUGAAAAUCUAGAACUUGAUGCAGCCUUGUAUAAGCUUUUUUCUUGUAUUAAAGGUCCCGUUUUAUGUG